GACGGGGCAUGUGCCCAUGAUAUCGCGGAAGGUGAAGGCGUGCGCGGCGUGUCGGAAACACAAGAUCAAGUGUAUAAUGGAGGAUUCGGGUCCUCCGUGCAAGAGAUGCGUUGAGAAGGAUUUGGGCUGUGUUCUUAACAAGAGUCUCCAAACCUUGAUUAGCGAAAGGUCGCAGUGAGUUUUUUAUGCGCCAUACCUCGGCGACAUGGCCACUACAUGGUUUCUUGGUCUGGUUUUGCGACAAUCACUGACAUGGCCUCCAUCGUACAGAUCCACUGAGUUCAUGGUGCAGGAUCUGGAGAUGAUGCAUUCUGGCUUACAAAAGGUUAUGAGGUCACUGAAUCUCCCCCCGAUAGGACGACUUCACAGCUCGAGGCAGAUGCUCAAUACGCCUACGUCCGAGGAGCCUACGGGGCUACAUCAGGAUGAUGAGAUUGGGCCGUCCUGCGAUAACUCGCCCAAGAUAUCCCCAGAGGACGACCAGGACCUGCCCAAAGUACCCAUUCAUUCCGUCUACCAUCUCACAAAACUGAGCGCCCUUCGUUCUCCCGACUCAUCAGAAGGGGAACAUGCGGCGCCCAAACGACUCAGCAACUCCGUUGACGACUUCAUUUCCAAAGGCAUGCUAUCCUUGGAAGAUGCGGAACGACUGUUCCGGCUCUAUAUGGAUCACCUCGAUCAUUUCAUGUACGGCAUCGGCGGUCGCCACAAGACACUCGAUGCGCUCCGGCGAAGCAGCCGUAUCCUCUCGGUCUGCAUCUUUACCGUGGCCGCGCUUCACGACCCCCGGAGCAAUGCCAUAUACAGCGUGUGCAGCAAGGAGUUUCGCCGUCUGAUGGCUGCUUCUGUCUUCAGCAGAAGUAUCGACCGAGACUAUUUACGCGCACUUUGCAUCGCGAGUUAUUGGCUUUCCGAUAUCAGCUGGAUCGUUUCAGGAUACGCAAUACGUCGUGCCGCCGAGUUCAACCUGACCAGCCACUAUCGCCGUGCCAUCACCGAAGGAAACGAGGAGGCGGCCGACUAUGUACGUUUGUGGUACAUUCUCUUCGUUUGUGACCAGCAUUUGUCCAUCCUCUAUCAAAGAAACCCAACGAUCCGUGACGACUUCGUUGUACAGGGCUGGGAGUCCUUCAUCCAGUCGCCUGUGACCAACGACGAAGAUAAACGCCUCGUAUCGCAAGUGGCGCUAUUGAAUAUUGUUCACAAAAUUCGCGAGCUAUUCGGUCCAGAUACUGGCGAACCCGUUCCUCAGGUUUACUUGGGUCAGAUUGCGAGCUUUGCGAGCCAACUAGAUCGCUGGCUCGGAACUUGGUCUACAGCCCUGAAAGAACAUCACAACCAAAUCGGCAGUUUUCCUCGAAAAGGCGUGCUUCUCCACUACCAGUUCGCGCUUCUGUACUUAUACUCUCACGUGUUUCGGGGACUACGCAAAACAUCCAUUCCUGCGUACUUUCUCGACUCAGCAGCCUCAGCUGUUAAUGCCGCAACCGCCAUUGUCAGCAUGCUGACUGCAGACGCCGAUAUCCAUUCCGCACUGGCCGGCAUGCCUUCCUACCUCAACUCCAUGACGGCAUUUUCUUGCAUGUUCCUAGUCAAACUAGCCAUGAUCCACACCGAGUUGGUAGAUCGGAGCAUGGUCAUAGACCUGACGAUACGACUCAUCGAUCUCUAUCGAUCGACUGCCGUGGGGAAGUGGCAUCUGGUCCACCUCAUGGCCGACGGGCUCGAGAAGGUUAUUCUAACGUUACGGAAAUCCAAUAUACCGUCUGCACAGCAUUUCGGGCAUGACGCGAUGCCGGCCAUGGGAAUAGAACCUCACGACAACUUCGGCGACUUUGGAGAGUCCAUGUUCCCUGAGGACAGCUCGCUGGUCUUCGACAGCAAUUUCCUCAUGGACUACAACGUCACAUUGGGCGCGUCGCAGCUCAUGUACAUGAGUAAUGGCCCUACCGCAUUUGAAACAUCGGACUUGAGCCCAAGCCUUUUGUAGCGACGGCGAAAUUGAACCUUAUUGCAAGCAUUAUCAAGUAAAGUGGUAUUAAAUCUAGCUCCCAUUGCUUCAAGCUCUCGGCAACCGCCGUGACCGUCUCCUCCAACAUCCCAUACCCCUCCAUGCCCAACUCCUUCGCCCUCGCAAUGUCGAAUCGCGCCGGCCAACUCCCCACAAUUGCCUCAACUUUCGAGUUUCUGGC